GGCAGCACAGCUCUCCUCGGCGCACAGUGUGACGUCAUCACAGAGGGACUCCCGACCAGCGGUUUGUCUUUGAUCCGAGUCGAAAAUAAAACUCGUCAACAUGUUGAUUUGUGACUUUGAUCAACAUGUUUCCAGACCGGAAGUCCAAUGACGAGUCUUCGGCCUGCAGGGAGAACCACCCCAUGUUUCUUCGCCGGGUGAGCUCCUUCAGCUCCUCCUUCCUUCCCCACGCUUACUACCCUCCUCUCAGCAGCGCCUCCUUCACCUCCCCCCCACAAGUUAUCCCGACUCCUCCUCCAUGGUGGUCAGUGCGAGGAUUUCCACCCUGGCUUCCGAGACCCCCCCUCACCCACCCAACGGCCCCUCAGGUUUUCACUGGCAGGACAUUUCCUCCUCAUCACAUCAACGCCAGCGGUAGUUGGCGUUCCUUCUACACCUCUGCAGGCCUCCUGAUGGAGCGGGCUGACAGAGAUCGAGAGCCUCCUCAUAAACGGAGGAAGAGUGAAGAGGAGAAGCGGCGCUAUGAUGAAAGAGGAGGACACAGAGGAGGAGCAGGGGCAACCGGAGGGAAGGAUAAUGAUGGAAACGCAAAGAGGGAGCGACAUCACCCGGAUCCCAGGGUGGAGAGCAGCCCUCGACCGAACCAUCACUUUAGAGAGGGAGGUCGGGACAAAGGGAAGAAUGGAGGUGGAAGGGGUGUGAGCCGGGAAAACAGCAGAGAUAAAGAUGUGGAAAAGAAUAAAACUGGGAAUAGAGAUCGCACCGGUCCAGAUGGAACCGUGAACCAACAAAGGAACAAACAUCAUCAAGAAGGACACAAAGAUUCUCGACCUGCAGCUUCCAGAACUCAAACACCCAAAACUAAACCUCAACAUGGUGAAGUUCCCACACACAAACCCAAACCCAACCCCUGGUUCAAAGAGAGAGGUGCAGAGGAGCAGGGAGUUCCUCACAGGAGAACAAAAGCACCAGAGGAUCAGCUACGGGACAGAGGUGGAGGCGGAGGUCCUUGGAAGACGCUUCAUUCUCAGCCUUGCAGCAACACUCGUCCCCCAAACCCAGGGCAGGGAAGUAGAGAUCACACUCAACCUCCUCCACCCGGAACAUCUCCGCCUGUCGGACACCAGGACGCAGCCACACCGGUGACAUCUCUUCAGAGACACUGGGAGACCUCUCCCGCCUGCAGGACGUUCCCUCAACCACCAGGGGACAGCACAGUCUUUGACUUCUCAGUGAUGAGCUACAACAUCCUGUCUCAGGAGCUGCUGCAGGACAACGUCUACCUGUACAGACACUGUGACCCUGGCGUCCUGCCCUGGGAGUACCGGCUGCCCAACCUGCUGGCAGAGAUUCAGCAGCACGACGCUGACAUUCUGUGUCUGCAAGAAGUCCAGGAGGAUCACUAUGAGAACCAGAUUAAACCUGCGCUGCAGAGGCUAGGUUACCAGUGUGAGUAUAAGAAGCGGACAGGAAGUAAACCAGAUGGAUGUGCCGUCAUCUUCAAAUCAUCCCGCCUCUCCCUCGUCUCCUCCCAUCCCGUUGAGUUUUUCCGCCCCAGCGACGCCCUCCUCGACAGGGACAACGUGGGAUUGGUUGUGCUCCUGCGACCCAACAAUGUCGUCUGCAAGUCCGAUCCCUCUGGUUUCAUCUGUGUGGCCAACACCCACCUCCUGUACAACCCGCGCCGCGGUGACAUCAAGCUGGCUCAGCUCGCCAUCCUGUUGGCCGAGAUCAGCCGGCUGUCCCGCCUCCCAGAUGGCUCAACCAAUCCGGUGCUGCUCUGCGGAGAUUUCAACUCAACACCCUGGAGUCCGCUCUACAGCUUCCUGACCACAGGCGGCCUGGACUACAGAGGACUGCAGAUCGGCAUGGUGUCUGGUCAGGAGAACAUUCCCAGAGGUCAGCGUCUCCUCACGUCUCCGAUCUGGUCUCACAGUUUAGGAAUCAACCUCAAGUGUCAGUACGAGAACAAACUCUCAGCUGAGUCCUGCUCCGACAGAACCAGUCCUUCAGCCGUGGAAGGAGCCAUCUCUAAUCUGACCGUCGAAGAUCUCGUCAACAAAACUGCUGCUUCUGCUUUUAACAGAGCGAAGAUCGAGCACAGCCUGAAUCUGAAGUCUUCUUAUCAGCACCGCCUGAUGCAUGAUGGGAGACCUGAGAUCACCACCUGUCACUCCCGCACCGCCAUAACUGUGGAUUACAUCCUGUUCACCCCCGAAUUCUCCGCCUCCCCUUCGUGUCCCGGUGUCCGAGGCCUCGAGCUGCUGGGCAGACUGUCGCUGGUCGGCCAGUCCGAGCUGGAGGAAGUCAACUGCCUGCCCAACCCGCGUCACUCGUCCGACCACCUCCCUCUCCUCGCUCGCUUCCGCUUUCGGCUCUGACCUGGGAAAUCAUCGGGGCAGCCGAUCAGAACUGCUCUCAUGACGCGACGCGAAAAACAGGAUUAGAGACAGUUUUUCGCCAAGAUCACUGUGAAGCAUGUGGUGCACGUGCAGUAUUUUGAUUGGUGAGUUACUGUUCAUGCGGACAUUUUCACGCCCAAGAAGAAGGUUGAUCCACACGGUGACGGAAUCUGCACAAUACCCACCACGGUGUUGAAGGACAAAAGCUUUUAAUAAUACAAGAGAUGUAAUUUUGUCAAACACUGAUGUUUCCGUUUUGAACAUUGUGGGUGUGGAUCGUCCUUUUAAACAAGUUGAAAGUUUACACAGUUCUAAUAGAUGAAGGUUUGAGUUUUGAAUUGAGGUUUAUUAUUAAAAAUGUUGUGUUUAUUACGAUUAAUAAUUGAUCAACGGUCACGUGGAUUCUUUUCCCAGAUUUUGGAAGCGUCCUCAACAAUCGUCAUUCGUUUUAUCUCAUUCUUUA